UUGGAUUUUCAGAUUUUAAAGAUGGCGGCGCCCACAGACCCGGAGAAUAUGUCGGUGGAUGACAUGUUUGCUCUUCUAGAGUCCAAUAAGACACAUGUUGUUCAGGAAAUCCAGCGAAUAAUCCACGAUAAACUGACAGGGAGUAAGGAUUCUGGUUGGCUUGUUACAGGAUUAUACGAAUAUUAUUCAUCAACGCAGAGCAUGAAUGGAUUAAAGCUUCUGCUUAAUGUGAAGGAACCAUUAGAUACAGUUCUCUGUGACAGGAUUUAUGAGGGAUUGCGUAGUUCAGAUACGCAAAAUAGGAUACUUGCGGUCAACAUGCUAGGUUUUAUUGCCAGAAAGCAACCGACCUGGGUUCACAAGCUCCCGCAAACCUUCUGCUUCAAAGAACUCAUUAAAAUGUUGAAGCAUGAGGUAGAUCUUGUCCUGCUAGUGACUGGUCUUCUUGUCCUACUCACCCUACUUCCUGCUGUUCCUUCAAGGGUGUCUACUGUUCUUACAGAAAUUUUUGAAGUUUUUAGUCGUUUAGCAGCGUUUCUGCACGUCCAGAAUUCUGGUAAAAGUGUACAGUCUAGUGUUGUACAAGGAUCUAAAGGUGUAAGUGUUGUACACCUGCAUGUAGCAAUCUACGCAUUUUUUAACAGACUUUAUGGAAUGUUUCCUUGUAAUUUUCUUAGCUGGCUCCGUACCCAAUACUCAGAAACAGGAAAGGAUUAUGCAGUUUUUACAGAGGUUGUAGCCCCCCUACUAUCCACAGUUAGGAUGCAUCCCCUGCUGGUUACACAGUCUAAGGACCACGAGAGAUCUGCUGCUCGAUGGAAAGGUCUAGGUGAGGUCCAUGAUGUACUGGCGGAAUGUUCUAGAUAUUCCUUGAAUGUUGAGGAGUGUGGGUACAAGGAUGAACCUAUUCUAUCUUCUAUUCUUGAACUCCCUCUAUCUCCAGCAGCACCAGGCUGUGUUCUUGAUCCAACAUGGACUCCAGGGAAAUUUUUUGAUAUUUCUUCUCCUGCGGCAAGACCUACUCUGGAGAAAAUACGACCCAGUCCCCUGAGCACAUCCAGGUUUGUUCAGUCUCCACCUGAGGCAGCGAUUGAAGCCACGCCGGAGAACACGCCUUACGCCACCCCAGUCAAGGAAGAAAACAUGCGCUUGCAAAGACAACCUGUAUCCGCCAACGCCAUUAGGAGUUUAAUGAGAUCUCCAACUACCUCGCCAACAAAAAAUACUAUUUCACCAUUUAAGGAGCUAAAGGAUUUCUCCCCCCUGAGAUGGCAGAGUGAACAAAAUGAGCUCAGGAGAAGUUCUAAUCUUAAUAAACAGGAUAUAGAUGAUACAAGGAGAGGUUAUGGAGAGAAAGAUUUCUUGGGUCUGCCUAGGUUUACGAAGGAUUCUCCCCAAUCUUCUAGAACAGGGGCUACCGAGGAAACGGACGAAGAUACAGAGGUGAGUUCUCUGACUAAUUCAAACCAAUUGAGAAACCUUGAUACUCGGCAUAUCACACCUCAUAUAUUCCCGGACUCAGCAGGUAGACUUGGUAGACUUGGGUAG